AUUUAAAAAAAUUAACUUAAUUAUCUUCACCAUCUCUGGAUCGUCUCAGCUUUGUCACGGCAAGUCUCUGAUUAUCCGGCACCGUGUAUGCAGUUUAGACACGGCACCACGAAAUGUAAAUCUAGGCGCUGCCGGACUCGCCGACCGUGUCAAUAUGUAAUUCCUCCGGUUAUGAAACGAAAAUUUACGAGCACAAGGCCGCCCUGUGCCAUUAUCAUAAGCGAAGAAAUUAACGUAAUCGCCAGUCACGACGGCCCUUUCAAUUCCCUCGUGACGGCGACGGCGGCGGCGUCGGCGGCGCAAACGACCGAUAUAUAAAACGUGUAAUUCAAGAUUUCCCAUGGAUCGGUUCGUGUUCUCGAUCGUAUCUGAAUUGCGUCAACUCGUACAUUGCAUAAUGAUCCGUAAUGUGGCAUAACUUGGCGCACACGCCCGCGUUGUGCUCGCGAACGCGCGUGCACGAUAUUUCUAUCGAGCUAUUGACGCGCGUAUCGCGGGAUAUCAUCGACGUAUCAUCGCUUCUCUCGCCGAUUUAUCGAAUCGGGACUGUCGCGCGGACGUCACGGGAACGUCCGUCUAUCUCGUUCGCGCGGACGACAGAACAGAAACGCGUAGACAGCGUGAAACGUGAACGUUCCGCCCCACGAGGGCGACCGAUCGCGAUGUUACCGAUUCCGUUGCGACACACGGUAUGUAUCCCACGUAAAUACAUGUUAGUAUCGGAAGAUGACGACACCAAACACCAGCAAACACGUAGGGAACAAAGGAUCGAAUGUUCGACUAUUAGGUCAUCAAAUUCCGUCAAGUCAACAUCGAUCUUCUCUGAUUUGUUUCUCCUAUCGUCGUUAUCACUUAAUUCGAGAGUGAUAACGUUUAUCUGAGCUAUAUCGUAAAACAACAGAGGAAAACGUGAGAUUGUAAAUAGAAGCCUUCAAAUAUUUCUAAACAAUUGUAAUAAUCGGACAAUUCACGUGUCGGAUCGUUAUCGGUACGUUGGAUCGAUCAAUCGGAGGAUUCACCGCACGAGGAAUAACAUCAAUCGCGAAUUCCUGCGGAGGGACGAAAUGGCACCGAGGAAGAAUAUCUCGAGAUCGCAGGUGUCGGCUGGCAACUGCCGCUGUAAUUGUGAGAGUUCCGAGAGCUCGUAUUCGAACUCGUCGGAGAGCAGUACGUUCACCGACUCUUCCGAGUCCUCCUCCUGCGACUGCGACUGUGACUGCGAGAACUGCUACACGGACCACGAAAAGCCCCUGAAGAGCGCGAGGUCGAAAAAAGCACGACCGUCCAAGAAAAUCGCGAGAAAGAGUGCAUCGAAUGCUAAGCAGAAGCGCGCCUACAGCCUCAACACUCCCGCGUACCGAAAGAAGAGCACAUCGAAGAAUAAAAGAUCACGUUCCCAAGAUUACGAAAGCGACAGCUAUACUGAUGAAGAGAGAAUUUGUGAUCGCUGCAGCAAUACCAUCCGUCGCAAAGUGGAUUAAAAGCUUGACUGCGGAUGUCUACUCUUUUUUUAUUUAAUGAAGUGCUUAUUAGUUAAUUGCUUAUCAUCUAUAACUUUUUCACUUGUCUCUGUGUCGUUAUUACGACACGACACGAAACAAGAUGCAAAAUGUAUUAUUCAUCACAUUAAAUUUUCUCGCAAUUUUUUUCAUGCAGACGAAAUAAAUAAUUACGAUACAAUAAAAUAUUAUUGUGAUGACCAAACCGGAUAAACACAAUAAUGCAUUUUGCAUCUUAUUGGUAUUCUAUGCAUUUUAGAUAAUAAUUAAUGAGGGAGCUGUGCUUCUUAUAUGCCAUUAUUAUUUGCUAAUUUCACUGAUUCGCAUAAACAACAGCGGAAAAAAGAAUCAUUUUAUCUAGUGAUAUAUGCUUUAUUUUAAUUAUAAAUUGUAUAAAUCAUCUUUCGUCGGGAGAAUAUAUUAUAUUGUCGCAUACAAAA